AUGCCUCGUAUCACGCCCAGCAUCCAGCAGUCGCCGUUCACAUACCGAGAAUCGGCGGCAAUCGGUCGAGCUCGCAAGGUAAAAUGUACCGGAGAGAAACCGAUUUGUGCAAAUUGUGAGAAACGAGAACUCCUUUGUCACUACGACGAUCAUGUUCGGCGACGUGGACCAGACAAGCAGCCAGGAGGUCGAUUGAGGGGAAAGAGCAGGGGCACAUUCCAACGUCAAAGCGUCGAGAGUACUCAAGCAGAUGCAGGCGUCCGCACACCACUCUUCAUACGUGACCAUGCCAGAGGGUCAGCGACAAGUGGCCAAUCUGCCGCUCGGUUCGAGGAACCUGUCCCUUAUGCGGAGAGCUCUGCUCAGGCUGCCGCACGCAACCUACGUCAGGUGAUGCCCGCGACGACAAAGAAUGAGACCCACUCCACUCCUUCUUUCAUGCCGUUGUAUUCGCCACCGGGCGACAUCGCCGCCGCCAGGGAAGGCUGGUGGACUUGGAUUCUUCGAGCGUAUUCCGGUGAUCGAGUCGCUGCUCGAACCAAGGUCAUCAACAACAUGUGGCAUAACUUUCUCAAUCGCACCGUUUUCUUCCGCUGCCUACAAUCCACGGGAGAUCAUAUAUCACUCGCACCUAACAUCGUCCUCGCCAUGCUCGCCCACGUAACUUUGAUACAAGAAGGCAAUACUCUACCCGGCCAACUUCGCGCUCUAGACUUUGCCGACGAAGCCCGGAGGAUCACCGAUUACUGCCUCCAAUCAGGUUCUCGGGAACCCGCACACGCUCAAGCCGCCAUCAUCUUAGGUGUGUACGAGAUGCAUCCUCAUUCCCACCAUUCGGCGGCACGUCUCAACGCGGCACUGGUUUAUAUGGAUUCCUGUCUUCGAGCCUGUGUUUCACAACGUUUGGAUGUGGACAAUCCUCACAUAUCCGCAAGCUUGGUUGGCUCUUUACGUCAACAGCUGCCUUCUCCGUCGAGGACAGAAGGUGCAGCGCCACACGUCAAACGAUGGGUCAACUUUCCAGCAUGGUCCGAAGAAUGGACUCCCGCCGAAGUUCAGAGGGAAGAGAUGCGGAGGAUGUUUUGGUCUGCGAGUGCCGUCACUGCGAGCGCUGGAUUAUGGAGAUGUACCAUCGGUCGGGCACCACUGGUAUUGUCCUCCACAUUACCAGUCAACUUCUCCGUCUUAUAUCCUGGUGAGGCGUACUAUCAACAGAAAGGCGAAUGGGAGCGGGGGAAACUCACUCCUUGGGCUUUAUACCAUCGAACGAUAUCAUUGUGGCAUAUGACCGUCAAUUCCGGGAAUGUGGACCGUGCGCGUCGGAGUGAGAUCGUACAAGAGUUGCAGGCGAUUGAAGAGGCUCUGAGCAUGUUUUCCGACAUGGCCGACUAUUAUAUCUGGCAAGCGAAAGAUUGGAUAAUUGUAACUCGAAUGUUUCUGAACGCCGUUAAUUGGAGCCGCUUAGACUCUUGGUUUCAGCGUCGUCUUGUCACCCUUGCUCAAUUUGCCGAUCCUCCCGACGGUAUACCCAAAGUUACUCAACGACCAUUGUAUUGCUGGUGGUAUUUGAUGCAAGGAUUUGUGUCUUAUUGGAGAGAUGCGGAUGAUAUCCUGGAGUACGUUUACGAUGCCUUGAAGGCUAUCUCGGAAGUCUGGCCAUGUUCAGGUGAGUUCCAGACUUUUGCCCAAGCUCUUCCUGCUGAUCUGUAG